AUGGGAAGCAUAGCUGAAUAUGAAUCAGAUAUCGAAAGACAAGGUCUUCUCGAAGGAGAAGGCACACCAUCUAGCGUGCUGGACGCCAAAGCAUCCCGCAAAACAAGACAAAGACGAUUCAUCCACUUCAGUGUUAUUAGCAUCAUCAUUUACGUGAUUCUGUUCAGAUUUGUGGUGCACGGAAAUUUUACUAAGAAGUCCUCUGGAAAGAAAAAUGUCAUAUUCAUGGUGACAGAUGGAAUGGGGCCAGCAUCUUUAUCACUAGCAAGAUCUUUCAGACAACAUAGAGAUGGACUGGCAAUCGAAGAUAUUCUGGAGUUGGACAAGCACUUGAUCGGGGCCUCCAGAACAAGGUCUUCCGAUUCGUUGGUUACUGAUUCUGCAGCUGGUGCAACUGCUUUUUCGUGUGGAUUGAAAUCGUAUAAUGGAGCCGUCGGGGUGAAUCCGGAGAAAAUCCCAUGCGGAACUAUUCUGGAAGCUCUAAGCCAAGAGGGCUAUCUCACCGGUCUUGUGGUCACCACCAGAAUUACAGAUGCCACACCCGCUGCGUUUAGCGCUCAUGCAGACUGGAGAUGGCAGGAGGACCUGAUUGCAGAACACCAGCUCGGGCACUAUCCACUGGGCAGAUCUGUUGACCUCAUUAUUGGUGGAGGCAGAUGUCAUUUCCUGCCCACUUCUAAAGGUGGUUGCAGAGCAGAUGAUCUGGAUCUGACGGAGGUGGCUCAAGAAGAGGGGUGGUCUUAUGUUGCUAACAGAACCUCUUUCGAUGAUCUUGAGCUCGGAAAGAACGUUCAACUACCAUUAUUGGCUUUGAUUGCAGGCGGCGAUGUCCCUUAUGACAUUGAUCGUGACUCCUCAGUAUAUCCGUCUUUGGAAGAGCAGGUCAAGACAGCUUUGACUGCCCUCACCAAGGCCACCGAAGACUCUGAGCAAGGUUUUUUUCUCAUGAUCGAAGGCUCUAGAAUCGACCAUGCCGGCCAUCACAAUGACCCUGCCGCUCAGGUGAGGGAAGUUCUUGCUUAUGACAAGGCGUACAAGUAUGUGAUUGACUUCGUGAAGAACUUGGACACCGAGACUAUCGUUGUUUCCACGUCAGACCACGAAACUGGUGGGCUUGUGACUGCAAGGCAACUGACUCCUGCUUAUCCGGAUUACAUGUGGGUGCCACAGGCUCUUGUAGAUGCUAAACACUCAGGUGAGUACACUAGAGCGAAAGUUGCCAGGUAUUCUGGUGUUGAUCUAGAAGAGUUUGUCAAGACCGAGGUUCUGGAGAAAGAUCUGGGAAUCAAGGACUAUACCAGUGAUGAUGUCAAAUUCAUCAUUGAGAACAAACAGAAUUGCCAAGAUUACGUAUUGGAUAUGGUGUCCAAGAGAUCUCAAACCGGCUGGACCACACACGGCCAUUCAGCUGUGGAUGUGAACAUUUACGGUUACUCCAACAAGCAGAGUACCAUGCUCGAGCUUUACCAAUACUUGGGUGGGAACCACGAAAACAUUGAGAUCGGUAAGUUUAUGGAGACCUUUACUGGAGUUAAUCUCGGCCAAAUCACAAAGAUAAUUCACAACACGAGGCAUUCUGCCAGUGCUUCAGAGGAGAAAUUCAAACUACUUGCUGAAGAUCCAUAUCACCAUUACGGACCGCUUGAAUAA